UCCCCUUCCUCGUACAUCGCCGUACAUCCUUCUACUCAUACUCGACUCCCGCCCCCUCUAAUUUUUCCGAUCCGACACAAAAGAACGACACACGACCACCUCUCUCUCCCGUCGAGAUGAGCGACGUCUCCUGCGGCAAGGGUGGUGGCUCGGACUCGCACUUCCACCUCCGGAUAGCGAGUGUGUUCAUCAUCCUCGUGGGCAGUAUGUCGGGCGCGCUGUUCCCCGUCCUGGCAAAGCGGACGUCAUGGCUGAGUGUUCCCAAGCCCGUCUUCGACUUCGCCAAGUACUUUGGUUCGGGCGUCAUCAUCGCGACGGCCUUCAUACAUCUCCUCGACCCUGCGUCGGACGAGCUGACGUCACCCUGUCUCUCGGACGCAUGGAGGGUAUACCCGUACGCGUUCGCACUCGCGCUGCUCAGCAUAUUCUCGAUAUUCAUCGUCGAGCUCAUCGCGUUCCGAUGGGGCACCGCCAAGCUCGCCCGCCUCGGCAUUCGACACGACCCGCACGGUCACGGUAUCGGCGGGCACGCCGCGCACGGGCCUGAGGGCAACGUCGAGGGGCUGGAGGGCAGCGCGGAGGGCAGCGCGGAGAAGGGCGCGCUGAAGGCGGACGACUCGUUCGGCACCGAAACCCACGUCCACGAGAUCUCGACCGACUCGGCGCUCGCGCAGGUUAUUGGCAUCGCGAUCCUCGAGUUCGGUGUGCUGUUGCAUAGCGUGUUGAUCGGGCUGACGCUCGCCGUCGACAAGGACUUCAUCACGCUCUUCGUCGUGAUCAUCUUCCACCAAACGUUUGAGGGCCUCGGUGUCGGCUCGCGGCUCGCUUUCAUGCGCCUCCCGGCGAAGUACAACUACGUGCCGAUCGUGGGCGCGCUCGUGUACGGGAUCGCGACCCCGAUAGGUAUCGCGGCCGGGCUCGGUGUGCGGACGACGUACAACCCGAACAGCGCGGAGGCGAGCAUCGUGAGCGGCGUGAUGGACGCGCUGUCGGCGGGGAUCCUGAUCUACACGGGCUUGGUCGAGCUCCUCGCGCACGAGUUCUUGUUCAACAAGGAGAUGAUCGAGGGCUCGAACGGCAAGCUCGCGUACGCGCUCGUGUGCAUGUUGGCCGGAUGCGGCAUCAUGGCGCUCCUCGGGCGGUGGGCGUGAGCGGCGAAUGCCACGGAGUCGCGCCCCACAUGCGAGAAAGAGAAGAAAGUCGUGUGGGCGUAGUGGCGUUGCAGGGAGAAGGAAGGAGGGAAGCCGGCGUGCUUCGAACGUGGUGAACUUCUAACUUACUUAUCUUCGUCGUUCGGAAUCGCAUCGCAAUGCUGUUUUUGUUGUUUGUACCCACGCCUUGCACCGGUCCCUUGUAAUGCCCCACCCAUGUAGUUGAGUAGUACCGCACGACCAAUCGAACAUAGAGGAACGACCAUGACCCAUUCGCGGGAGGAAACAGGAGGUCGGGUUGCGUGCGAGAAGGGAUGAGCCGCAGGGGCAGCGUGGGUCUGCUGACGACGUGUUGGCCGGUAACGGCAUUGAGCCAGGCGGCAAGGCACUGCCGACGGGGAGAGACGGCGCUCCAACUUUUCGAGCUCCGCGCCGCUGCCGAGCACGUCCUCCGUAAAUUAACGAAGAUGCGCGUCGUCUGCCACGUCUUCCGCUUGACCUCGUUCUUUCUGCUCGUCUUCCUCGUCUUCGUCUCGAAGUACCGGUGUGGGAUGCAGGCGUUGUGGUCGCUCGCGAGAGGCUGCGGCCGCUU